UGAAGUGUUCCCGGUCUAGAUCACUUCCUGUUUGUUAUAUAUUAUUUUGUUGAAGAAGGGUUGAAGAUUGUUACGAGUUUGAUGACACGUUGAUCUCAUUUCGAUUCUGUGGUGACUGGGUGGUUCACACUUGACGUGUUUUCAGAUUUUGUCGAUAAGUUCUUUUCUAGCCUGUGAUAUGCCUUGCGAUAACAUAGUAUGUUACUAUGUACCUGCAUAUGGCAAUAUUGGUCCAGAAGAUCUUGAUCCGUCUUUGUGCACGCAUCUGAACUAUGCUUUCGUACGUCUGGAUGAAAAAGGCAAUUUAUACUUCGGGAACGAGUACCUUGACAUAACGAAAGGUUACUAUGAGAGAACAGUCGCUCUGAAGGAACGCAACCCGAAGCUGAAAGUUCUACUGAGCGUCGGUGACACGGACGCCGCCGUUUUCUCAAAAGUCGCUGCCUCGCACGUGACCAGGCGAGUACUGGUCAACAGCACGGUGGAUUGGCUCACAAGAUACUCGUUCGACGGAUUGGACGUACACUGGGAGAAACCAGCACCCGAUGACGCUGAAAAUUUUGUGAAUUUGCUGAGAGAUCUCAGAGAAGCUUUUGACUCGCGUGGUUGGUUGUUGAGCGCAGCUGUCUACCCCAACCCAUCUCCUGGGUAUGAUGUUGUAAAAAUUUCAAAAUUUCUUCACAUGAUCAACCUGAUGUGCUACGACUUCUACGGCCCUUGGAGCUCCACCACCGGCCAAAACUCCCCCCUGUUCGCCUCCACUCUCGACACGCCCUACCAGAGGGAUAACCUCAAUAUUGCUGCCGCCCUUUCGCAAUGGCUGAACGCGGGCGCGCCCAAGGACAAGGUCAACGUGGGCGUGCCGUUCUACGGGCGAUUAUUCACCCUCGCUAGUCCCUACGCAGGUGUGCCGUUCUACAGGCGGUUAUUCACUUUCAUUAGCCCAAUACAACACUUUCUGCAUGCGCCGAUCGAUCAAACCAAGACAUCUUCUCUGUCGUAUUUAGAGAUAUGCAAAAAAUACAAAAAUUGGACAACCGCCUGGGAUAAUGAGCAGAAAAAUCACUACAAAUAUACUAGUACACAAUGGCUGGGUUAUGAUGAUGAAGAAUCGAUUCGAUAUAAGGCCCGUUAUGUUGCUUCCCAAGGUGUAGCUGGUAUGAUGAUUUGGCAAAUAUCCCAGGACGAUGUAGAAGGCAAAUGCACAAGAAAACAAAACCUUCUCAAGGUUAUCAAUGAAGAACUGCGUGAAAGAUAUGUUGAUCCAAGCACAGUGUAUAGAUCAAAUAUUUGGGCGCGGCAUCCAGAGAUCACGAGUCAGAUCAUUGCUUUUAUAAUAUUCCUAGUAUUGUUUAUGCUAUUAUUGAAUUGGGAUGAUUAAUCCAGAGAUCAGUAUUGUGAUGGCUUUCAAGAUAUUAUCAGUAUUGUUUAUAUUAUUAUUAUAAAAAUUACAUUGCAUUUAAAAAAAAUAUGUUGGG